AUGACGUCGCUGUCUGCUGGGGAGAUCUCGCUGCCGGCGCUCUCGGAGCUGCUGUCGGGCUAUGAUGGCGCGCUCGUCCGUGUAUACCGCGAUAAGCUGGCAGCAAAGGCAGGAAAGGCAGCAAAGACGUCCAGCAAGGCCUCGAUACCCAGAGAAAAGGAAGAAGAGAUUGAAGACCGAGUGAAGCAGUUUGUGGAGCUGGACAGCUGGCGGUAUACAUCUCUGCCAGCCAUUCUACGUGAACGAGCAGUGGGCAGCGAGGACGUGGAGAAGAAGACGAAUAAGAAGAAGAAGCAUGGUGAAGAGAAGUCUGCGCAUGGCUUCGUAAAGAAGGACGAGAUGGUCCAGUUGAUGGACUGGAAGCUAAAACACGGCUCCUUCCGGCCUGCUCUCAUGUCCUUGGUACGCUCCAAUGCAGAGGCUCAGGUAGAAUCAAUCAGCAAAGAGGCAUUCUCAAGUUUAGCAGAAGACUCUCAGGCCGGUGUCUUCCCCGAAGCAGCCAUGCAAUCACUCUGCAAAAGUUUCCGUGGAGUUGGGCCAGCUACAGCAUCCUUGAUUCUGUCCCUUGCACCGGAAGCGUCAACUCCAUUCUUUAGCGAUGAGCUGUACUACUGGCUUUGCAUGGAUCUGUACUCGCGGGAUAAACAGAUACCCAAACACAAGCUGCCGAAACUCAAGUACAACAACAAAGAAUAUCAGGAUCUGUGGGAUGCUUUCACCAAACUAAGACGACGGAUCGAGCAGCUUUCUGAAGAAAGUGAGACAAAGCAAACGUUUUCUGUGCAAGAUAUUGAGAAGAUUGCCUUUGUGAUAGGGCAUCUUGAGCCUACUGCCGUUGGAGUCAACUCAAACGAAACGUCAAAGUCAACGCCUGAUCCAAAGCCGUUGUCAGAAGACGUUGACAUUGACGUUGAACCCAAAAAAGAGCAAGGUAGGAGGACUCGAAAACGAAGGAGAAUGGACAUUUGA